GAGGAUAACGAGAUCUUUAGAUCAACGAGUGACCGCCUCGCAAUAUGACACAAGAAGGAGAGGCAGCAGGGAUACUAUCAGAGGUUGAAGAUGGGGUUGUUGAUGAACUAGAAGAAGGAGAAUAUGUAGAAGGAGAGGAUGAGGAGCUGAAUGCUACAUGCGAAGCAGAACCCCGGACAAGAGUAACAUUUUCUCAUAAGGACCUGCAUGCAGAGCAAUGGGAUGACAGCGCACUGAUCGAAGCAUGGGACGCCGCAGUUAGAGAAUAUCAAAUGUAUCAUAGCGACCAGCCACCAAUAGGCGGGAAAAAAAAGCGGAAAAGACCCCCACAACAGUACCAACAAGCGAAUCCGAGAUCAAUGACGGGACCCGACGUGAUGGAAGUUGAUGAUACCCAACAACAGAAUGAUGUGGCGGAGAUAGAAAGGGAAUCAGCCGGUCAAAAUCAUGAAACUGUAGACAAUGAUUCCACCACAACUCAAGAUUACGUCGAGACACAGAGAACGUCUCGAUUGGAAGACCAGACUAGUUAUCAAAAUGCAGGGGUGAAUAGCGAUGGCGUAGACUACCCACCUGGACAAUGUGCCUCUUGUGGAGUUCCGACCGAGAUGCCAACCGCACUUCCUGAAGACGAGGAUCUGGCGAACGUGAUGAUGGCUUGGUACUAUGCUGGGUAUUACAGCGGGAUUUACGCAGCGAAGCAGAAGCAACGGAAUCAAUAAUAGUUCAUACAUUCACGCAUCAUUAUUUGGGAGAAUGGUCCCACCUGUAUAUUUAUUACAAUGAGCACUUGGUUAAAGCGGCUGGAACCUGGAUCUAAUCGAUUACACAUGCUCGGCG